UUUCAAUUUUGGGCACUUGUUUACAUUAAAGUCUGAAACUUUUCUGCAAAAUUGGAUCAAGUUAUAGAUCCUAUGCAAUUCUCUAGUAAAAUCAUGCUUUAGAAAUUUUUUUUUUUCUUUUGGAUAAGUAUUCAGGAGCAAAAAUGGCUGACAAGACACAGGAAGCCUUGACAAAGAAGCAGAAUGGUGGGCACUGGAAAAGAAGUCUCGACAAAGAAGCUGAGAACUGGAAGGGAGUCUGCAAGGCUUGGCACUCUGCAUCUUCCACCUCGUCAGCCAUGGUUGAAUCCUUGCCCAAUCGCGACCCUUGCUUUCUUCUCUACGGGUCAUCAGUAACCCCUCAAUGCAAAUUGGUCCUUGAAUCCUGCAACAAGUAUUACACCGUUACCAUCCCAGAUUUGGUUGGAGCAACAUGCAUUGCAUCGAAGCAGGGGUGGCUUCUUAUCUUCCGAAGAAGGUCCAUGUUCUUCUGUCCUUUCAGUGGCGCAAAAAUAAACCUUCCGGAGUUCCCACACAAGGUUUUCCAUGGCGGUGCCUCAUUUUCUUCUACCCCAACUUCACCAGACUGUGUUGUCUGUGCCGUUUGUGAGACAGACGAAGAUGGGACGAAAAAGACUGAAUGCUGGGAGCUUCGCCGCAAUGCCACUGUAUGGACCAUGAGGGACACUACAAACAGAAGCAUGACACACAUGACUUACUGUGUUUAUCACGAAGACAGCUUCUCCUUCUGCAACAAUGAAGAUUAUGGGGUAACAUUUUAUAUCAAGCAUGGAAGCUUAAGUCGACCGUUUCGGGUCUACCACACCACAGAGUUGAAACCUGGCGUGAAGUAUCUACCAUGGAAGAGGCACAUUGUGGAAAUGGAUCGGGUGAAGGAAGUGCUGGGUUUGGCUGAGGAAUUGACAGUUCCAACUUGUGAAACGGUUCUUGCCGGUAAUGAUAAUCGGAUCAUAAUCAAUAUUCCUGGAGAAUGCGAAAGUGAUUGCCUGAAAGGGGUGUGGAUUCAGCCACGGUUCCAUCAGAUUGUUGCAGAACAGAGGUGGUGACUUUUGGGGGGGGUGGUGUUCAGGGCAUUUUCUUGCUUGUGUUUUGUUGAACUUUUACUGGAAUUAUCGUGCCAAAGUCUGGGUGAAUUGUUUUCUUUUGUCUUGCUGAACUGGGUUUCGCUUAUGUUUUCGCUUGUAUUGUCAUUUUCAUUGAGAUUUAAGUAGACUGAUACAUAAUCAAAAUCCCAAUGCAAG